GGACAGCGGUGAGCUCAGCAGCUGCAGCCUUAAACCUCUGUCUCCACAGGAGAGAACCAGCGGAGAGGAAGAGGAGCGAGGCAGGCUUUAAUUUGAUUAAAUUAUCUUUGUCUUGAAAAAGAGCAAGAGGACGAAAGUAGUUUUGAGGCUAUUUUGAAGUCAUGUUCGCGUCGUUCUCCUUGCCCAUGAAAGCGGAGCGCAGCCGGAACAAGGAGCGGCUGGAAGCCAACCUGGCCGGCCUGUGCGAGCUUGAGCUGCUUAAACAGAGACAGGAGGCCCGGGUGCUGAGCGCUCUCUGUCUCGGGGACUCCCGGGCUCCCGGCCGACCGCCUUGGGGAGCUUUGCGGUCGGCGCGAUGCGCUCUCGACGCACCAAAAGGCGACGCGUCGGAUGAGCAACACAGCAGUCUCCAGUGUACACCAUGGAGUAUUAAGGCAUCUUUAGAGCAACAAGUAGCAGAGCUGAAUGUUAACUCUGAGGUCAAAUCAGCAGAUCCGGCUGAUCUGGAGGACAACCAACUGAGCUCAGGUGGGGUCCUUGUUGAACAGCAGAAUAGAUCUCCUGAAUCAAAUGACUGCCCUAUAGUCCUGCGCUCCCUCUCAGCCACUGAGGGAACAGGGAAGAUGGAGACAGGAGAUACAUGGCAGGCAGACUCAAGAGGGGCCACGGCUUUUGUGGAGAUGAGAGUUGUUUACCCAAGUCAGGAAGAUUUUCAACAAGCCCAGAAGGUAAAGACUUAUAUACUUGGAUUGAUCCAACGCCGAGCACUAUCCACACGACCAUCGAAGCCCCGAACUAGCCUGGCACAUGAAGCCCGAGGUGCCACUGUGGUGAGACAGAGUAGUGUCUGCUGCAAGGAAGAGCAACAUACUCAGAAACAGAUGCCUGUUCUAGAUAUCUCUCCUCCAUCCCAGUGUUUAGAGGAAACUGCUCCACAGUCUUGCCAUUACAUAGAGCAGGAGUGUAACUUCAGGGCAGGAUUUACAGAAAGUCCUCCACCCCCUUAUCACCACCAUCCCCUCCAGCAAAGUGUCCAGCAUCAACCAGGACUUUACCACAUGCUCAGACAGGCCUCCACGAUGAAUACCUCCUGCUCAACCUUGCUGGACUAUCCAUCUUUCAGAGUGCUGCAAGCCCACCAAGACUCAAGCAAUAGUGAGCCUGAUUCGCCUCAGCAAUAUCACUGUAACUAUCCACCUCCAACUCCGUCUACCCCUAUCCAACAGCCUUUACCUGAUGAGCAGCUGGUGAACGCUGAGUAUAUUCCGGCCCAGCCCUGCCGAGCAUCUACCAGAGCUUAUGCUCAUCACCACUCCAACCCGAACAAGGGCUCUGGGGUGAACAAACCCAAUCAAAGCACUUACUCUCCAGAAAGAGGCCAUCAUCAUCAUCAUCAAGAGCAGCAGCUAACAGAAUCUCAGACCCAACCCUCCAGAUCCCGAGGGGGUGCAAAGAAGUGUCGCUCUAAUGAAGACAGAAGUGGUGCCAGCAGGAAGUCGGGGAAGAAGGCAUGUAGGUCCCAGUCAGAGAACAGCCUGCAAAGGGUUCCAGAGCGGAAGUACAAUACAGUAGAAAGGGAUGGUGGAGGAAGUGGAAGCGGUGGAAGGGGAAGCCGUAGUAGUCAAUCCAAGAGCAAGAAGCAUCCGCACGGAGGGGCGAACUACCGCCGCUGGCAGUCCACACAGGAGCUAAGCCAGGAUGAGGCUGACCAAACACCUGUGCAAGCUCCUGUGCAGGGGUCAUCAGCUUCAAACCAAAGGGAUCAUUGUGGAAGACGGACAAGGAAAUCUCGCUCUACGCAAGCACCAUUUGCCUACCAACAUCACCAUCACUCACGCCAUCAUCAACAUAUGGAGUACCAGUUUGAGAGGGACCAAGUGCACCCGUGUCAGCAGCCUAGUAAGGACUACCCUCACCAAGGUCAGGGUGAGACUGAGUCCAGCAUGAGUGAGGCUGAUUCUCCAAAUUCCAGCUCUUUGUCAAGUGACUCAGACGAAAGUGGUGGUCUGGUUUGGCCCCAACAACUACCCCCUCAUCUUUCCCUCCCAUCACCUUCCGCCCAAUCUGGAGCCCCACUCCAGCCAAAGGCUUUUGUCAAGAUUAAAGCUUCCCAUGCCCUGAAAAAGAAGAUCUUACGCUUCCGCACUGGUUCUCUGAAAGUAAUGACCACUGUUUAAAGUGUAACUCUUUUUUAACUGAAAGAAUCAGGGGCCAGGUUCACAAAUCCUUUGUAAGAAAAAAAAAACUUCUUAAGUGCUGCUUUCUUCCUAACUUUGAUAUUCGUGAAUAAAGUGGGUUUUUAUUUUCUUCACUUUCUUCUUAUGUUUCUUCCUAAGAAAAAAACGUAAGAAUGAACAAGAUUCUUGAAAUCAAAGUUCUUACAUUUCUUUGUAUUAUUAUAAUUUUCUUCGUAACUUUAAGAUCAUACCACACCUGUCCUAAAAUUGUAAGAGUGAAAAGGUAAGCCUUUAAAUUCAUUAAUUUAAACACAAUUUUAGCUUGCUACUACUGUUUUUGGUGUAAGUCUCCUUUCUCUGGUACUCCUUUUAAAUAAGUUAGCAAAUUGGACAGUUAAUUUUAAUCUAAUUUGCCUUUACCCAGAGAAACAAACUAAUUCUGAAAUCUUUUCCUUUACUCAAAGUUAUUUUUUUUAGAUAAAAAUAAAUCAUAAAUAUGGUUGUCACUUAUACAUAUUCUAACUGUUUUCUACAUGGAAGUACUUUGGGUUGCAGCUAGGGAGGAAAAUAUAGGCAUAGGCCUGCCCUAUAGCACCUGAGAGGUUUGUAAGUGAGAAAAUUAAGAGUUUAAUUCCUGAAUGUUUUCUUAAGAACAGUGUCAUUUCAUAAAAACCUUUUUAUUUUCUUACUAACUAACUUCUCAGAUGCUAUAGGGCAGGUAUGUGUGCCCUUAUAAUAGGUCUAUGCCUAUGCAUAUGCCUAUUUACAUUGUGUGUAGCACCAUUGACUAAAGCACCGAAAUGUUUUAAAUUAUAAUAAACAUGUUUGUCAACAUCAUUGCAAUCGGUUAGUUAUCAAUCUUAAAAAAAAACAUUAGUUGACUUGAGAAUUGAAACAUUAGUUUCUCUAGGUAAAGGCAAAUUAGUUUAAAAUGAACUGUCAAAUUUGCUAUCUUAUUUUCAAGCAGUACCAGAGACGUAACUUACACCCAAAACAAUAGUGGCAAGUUAAAAUUAACAAUAAAUGUUAGACAAAUUUAAUAAAACUGACACUUUAGGACAAGUGUAGCAUGGUCUUAAAGUUACGAAGAAAAUUAGAAAUAAAUUUGUUUUCAAGAAUCUCAUCUGUUCUUAAGUUUUUUCUCAGGAAGAAACAUAAGAAGAAAGUUAAAAAGAAUAAAAAUGCACUUUAUUUAUGAAUAUCAAAUCUUCUUUACUUUUGUCUUAAGACUGAAGUUAAAAAGAAAGCAGCAUUUAAGACUUUCUUAAGAAGGUUUUUUUUUUAUCCUGACCCUGAGCUGCAGUGCCUUGAUCGAUGUAGAGCAAUGGGCCGAACAUUUAAGAUAGUAAUGUGAGCAUGCGGGUACGCUGAUCUUGGCCAACAGAAUUGAUUGGAUGGUUUUAUAUCAGAUUUAACUAAAAGUUAAAAAGGAAAUGACCAUCAUUAUAUCAGCCCUUUGUCCUGCAUUUCUUGUAUAUCUUGUGAAAAGUUCUGUCGCCCUUAUUUAGGCACAUUUUUCCCAAUAUCCAUCUAAAUGUAAAUAGCAUCUUCCUUCAGUUAGACCAAUAAGUUGUGACUAGGCACAGAUAACUCUUGAUUGUUCUAACCAUUAGUUUAGGUAGGGAUAUAAAGCCUCAGUGUUACAAGUCAGAAACAGCACAAUGUUCGAAUGCUAGUUCAUGCCAAAGAUUUGCGACAAGAUCAGUUUAAACUUGCAGCUACUUGCAAAGCAAUGUGCUUGUCUACACAAUCUAAAUACUGCCGACAACAAUGCAACUUAACCAGACGUUACUUGUUUCUGUCUUUAUCAUGGAAGUAACAAUGAGCCACAGCUCUGUUCAGUUAUUUGAUGAAGAAUCAUGCAGAACUGCAGACAUGCAGAGAAGAGAGAUCAAAGAGGCAGGAUGAAUCUUUGACUUAAUUGACACAAAAUGUUGCUUCACCUUACUUCCUGCAUGGUGUUGUAGGGUUAGAAGCAUGUUAUAUGUGUUCUAGAAAUCACUUUCACACAAUCAGAAAAUAUAAUCAAACUUUCUGAUUCACUGCUUUUUUUCUUUUAGUCAAUGCUGCUCUAUGAGCUGGAAGGAGGGGCAGCCUGUGAAUGUUGGGUUAAUUCAGAGCAAUGGGAAGCUCAUUAUAAACAUUGCUACUCCUAAAACACAUUUUCAAGAUGAUUCCCUCUUCAUCCAAAACUCUACCAUUUUGGUAUUUUACUCUACUUGCUGACUUAGUUACAUACUAAUUGUCUGUUGAAAAAUACGAUUGGCCUUUUGAUCUAAAUCCAGCCUAUAGUGACUUAAGGCUGCCCGUAGCAAAGUAAAAUUACGGAUAAGAUCUUAUUUAUGUCUUAUCUUUGUCUCCUAGACAAAAAUGAGCACUAUUUAAGACCAAAACGAGUUUUUUGAUUCUGAGAAAUUAAAAUAGUUUGUCUCACAGUUGGCCCUGAGUGAGAUCCCUUAUUUGUCUUACAGGUGCCUCAUUCCAAAAUCUAAGCUAAAAGAAAAAUGUAAUUACUGUGAGCUCUCAGAUUUGAUGAAGUGAAGGUUCAGUCUAAAGUCAAAUUUCUUUUAAUUGUCUUAGUUGUCUCAUUUCAAGCUCUCAGCGAAGAUGUCUCAUUCAUAGAUCUGAGCUUAAAGAAAAGUGAGACAAUACGUCUCAAUAUGACCAAAACUAUAUAAAAAAAAACUAAGAUAAAGAUAAGACACAUAAGAGACAAAGAUAUCUCCAGUUAGAUGAUAUGUUUCUUAUAUUAUCCUCAUGAACUUCUCUUGAGAAAAAAAUCUUUCUUGUCAGUCUUAUAAAUUAAUUGUCUCAUUUUCGUCUGAUUAUAUGCUCUUAAAGUUUUCCUUAGAGCAAAGAUUCUGACUGAAAAAGUACACAAUAAAGACAAAAAUUUGAUUUUCGUAGAUUUUUAGCUAUAGGUAUUACACCGCAAACUGACAACAAAGAACAACCUGCGAUGAAACGGACUGCGUAGUGUUCUGUCAGGCCCAAAGUCAUACUGCUCACACCAAACUGAUAACAGCCUACUGCCAAUUAGUUUUUGGGAGAGACAAUAACACUCCUUAUAAGCAGAUUGCGGCAGUCUGAUGUUUUUCUCGCAAAGCAGAAAACUGCAAGUGUCGAACCAAGGAUAUACUAGUGGCAGGGUUUUUACACUGGUUUAUAAUUUUUCUGCUGAGCAUGUUUGUAAUUACCUCCACUUGAGAAAAUGUCAGAAGUUAUGGAAAUGGUACUGGCUUUACAUGAGAAGAGACUUCUGGGCUUGUUCUCUUGACUUGUUGUUUUUUUUCCUUUGUGACUUCUGUUUCUCUUCUCGUGCCCUGAUAUUUUUGCUCAGAGUAAUUUGUCUCCCCGACUGGUCGCAGCUGGUUCUACACAUUGAAUCAGGCUAAAAGCCUCUGACAAGCCUUGAGCAGUACCAAAGCUGCUUUUCACACCACACCGAGCAUAACCACUGACUCUCACUGACACUUGACAAGCCCUGAUCCCUGACGGUCAGGCCAGUGUGUACUUUUAGCCAGUGUGUACCCAGGCUCUCCCGACAGCCAGCAUGAGUCAGGCUAAGACACAAGGCUGCACCUUCUCUCUGCAAUGUUCUAAAAUUAUUGUACUAUAUAGUAACAAAUCCAUGUCCGAAACUUUGCUUGAUUUUACUCAUGAGUAGCUCCACAUUUUACAUUUUAUAAUUUAUAGAACAACAUUGUUUCCACUGAAGUAUAACUGCUUCUUUAAAGCAGGGUUUGUUUCCAGGUAGUCAGCCUCUAUUACACAUAACACAACACAAAAGGCUCCUUUUCUCCAAGCUUUCCACAUAUCUUUUCUAUUAUCUUUACCAACCAAUUACUCAUGAGAUCACAGGCAAUGUAUGGUUUAGGAAUUGGGGGGCUACAAUGCAGAAACAAACCACAAACUUUCAUAUUUGUUGACAUAUUAAAUGUCUUAUUGUGUUUAAAGCAACAAUAUGUAACCUUUCAACCUUUGAACAGCAGUUUCAAAGGUCAAUUUAAUAGCACAAUAACUUUCAACAUAGAGAAUCUUGUCUCUCCCAUGCCCACAGCGCAACCAAUCCCCAGUUUACUGCGGUAUGUAAAUUUGCCAAUUUCAACUUAACAUUAGGCUGUAUGGUUAAUGGUGUCACUGUUGUCUUGUGUUCAGCAGCUUUACCGGGUGCAGAAAGUCAGCUAGUCCAGGUUAGGCCUCAGGUCUACCAAUUAAUCAUAAAUCCAUCUUACAAUGUUGGCACUUUCCUUGUACAUGGUAAUUGGCAUUGAGCUUGUAUAGCGCCAUUUUACAUUGCAGGUCACGUCUACACAUUAUCAAAGCCCAGACAAGGCAUUAGGGAGCAUCUUGGGUUUAAGUGUCUUGUCCAAGGACAAAUCAACAUGUGAUUGCAGGAGCUGGGGAUCGAAUCCCCCAACAUCCCAUUUGAUAGACGACCGACUCUUCCACUGAACCACAGUCACCCUAUUUGAUCUUACCUUUAUAAGUUAGAAACUUUAGAAUUUUGGAACCUUACCCAUUCAACCUAUCUCAACACCCAUGUAGUAAAUGACUCUCCCCAAUGAAGCCAUUAAGCCACAGCCCUAGAUAUUAUUUAGUGUUGCUGUGGCAGAAUUGAGAUGUGACAACUCACACAUUUCAAAAACAUUGUAGUCUUUUUCAGUUAUUCUACUAAUUAGAUCUCUUAGGAAACAAGCUCAACAGUUGAAGUUGAAGCAUGUUGCUGACAACAUACCUGCCUAUCAGUCUACUAGUCUGGUUUACACAUCGUAAAGCUCGCUGUGUUUUAAAUCAGGGCUGUUUGUAUGGAGUGUCUCCUCCUUGGUUUGCAGAGCUAACUUGAGCUGCAACCGGGUCUCCAGUGUUUGCAGUGGAGGGCUCUCUACUAGUUUAGUAGAAACUUUUUGUUGUUUUGCUCAGUGCUUCGUUUCUGUAAGAUAAGUUUUCCUUCCGACACUUAGACUAUAACUCACCGCUAUAUUCUUAUUGUUUAACUCGAGUAGGGGGAAAUGAUGUCUUUAUUUCUGAAAGAGAGAGCUCACAUCUUAAUGAUCACCUGUUAUUUGUGCAAAAUCUGGUAACACUGUAUUACUGCACCUUGUUAGUCGACAUGGUUGUUUCUUACAACAUCUUUUCCAACUUUGCAUCCUCUGCUUGUGAACAAAUGCAUAAUGUCGAUGAGGUAUAGUCGGAACCGCACUAUUUGUGUCUUACAACAAUGCAGUGAUGGUACUCAGAGACAAAUCCACAGCAAACUAAAUUCCUACAUAUUGUUGCUUUAAAGUUAAAUAAGAGUUUAACUUAAGAAAAAAAAAAGAUCUCUCCUAAUAAUUUGGGUUAAAGAAAAUGAAGUCGGACAUGGGGGAAUGUGACCACAGCAUAUAAAAUGAGAAUUUUUGGAUGUUGCAUCGUGAGUACAUUUGUAUGGUAUACAGGGGAGAUAUUUAAUCCCGCUGUAAAAAAUGUCUGUGAAUCAUUGACAUUUUCUGUGUUGGCAGACACAAAACAUCAAGUAACUAAAGUAGUAAUCAUAUGACUUAGUCAAGAAAUCUCGUAAGUAGGAACUCUUUCUACGAUUUUCAAUGAAUGAGCCUGUCCAAAGAAUGUAUUAACAAGUACAUUGUCACUUUGAAAUGUUCCCAGUAUUAUCAUUAAAGCUAACUAUAAGCUUAUUUUUGUAUUACAUGUAUCAAAUUAAAAUGUUCCCACUGCAUAUACAAA